UCUAGCGAAAGGUCACAAGGAAGCCGACGGGCGGCUUAACGUCAACAGCAUGCAGCGACCAACGCAAAAGCCAUGGCAGUUCUACUUCGUGAUGGUAUUCCCAAACAGCGCCAAGAUUAUGCAUGACGAGCUCAAGACAAUGGUCGAGACAACCUACCAUAUUCAAGAAAAGGAGAUCUCGUACUUGGCAAACCUCGCGGCAAAACACCCGCGCAACAAUCUUCCCAAACCUGUAUCCCCCUUCAUAGCAGUCUUCACGAAUUUCCUACGUCGGACAAACGGACUGUCGCUCGUGUUGCUGUGGCUGCUCGUUGGCUCGGUAACGUACGCCAGAGUUGCGACGGAGUAUGGCAUGCUCUUGGACGCGCCGGUCUUGUCGUUUAUUUACGCGCUGAUCUUUCUGCUGGGUGUGACGCCAUACCUCGGUUGGAAGGGGGCGAAGACCAAGAGCUGGGUGUACCUGCGAUACUACGACGCAUGCAUAAUCUGCUUUUUGGCAUUUCUGGGCCUCGGUGUGGCCGGCCUCGAGUACUUUCAAGCAGACAUUGGUAACGCGCUUGCAAUCUACGAAGCGUCGACGAACCACUCGACCGUCCAAGGGACAAUCUUGUUUCCCAGGGAUGACUCGUCCGUCGACGACAUGCCCCAUCCUGUGACCACCUUCAUCCAGGCCGAAGCCGACAAAGCAUUUGUCCUGUUUCUGCAAGCUCGGUUUGAUGCGUGGUUCCCCCAAGUGGUCAACACAAACGCCACAACCAGCAUGAUGCUGGCUACGACCAAUUUGAUGUCACUGGACCCUCGUCCGUGGCUCUCGCGAACAUUCAACGUGUCGGCAGUGCUUUAUCCCGAGCCACUCACGGAAACCCCCGAGUGGAUGACUGAUUUUAUCACGACUACGUGUGCCAACACCACCUUGUUGGACGGAACACUCUUGACCGGGUUUGUUGCGCUGCCAGUGCAGCCCACGUUCAAGUCGUGCCUCCGUCCAAUUCUUCAGUUUUGCGUCAACACUGCGCAGUUCGUCGAAAUGGCGCUCCUCGCCCUUGCGGGCCUCCUUGUCAUUCAGUACGGAACGCUGCUCCUGCUGAAGUACGUCGACCCCGCUUCGUCCCCGGACCCAUCUGCCUCGACGAAGAAAGCCAUGCGAAAAACCAGCUCUGUCAUGCACUUCUUCGACGCGGUCUUGUUUGUGCUUGGACUUGGAUUUCUCAGUAUCGCGGGCGUCGGCAUUUACUUGGUUGCAUCUCGCCCUGACCAUGUGGAUAUUGACACGGAAACUCGGAUCAUGGAAGGCGUUUCGAUUGGAUUCUGCUUUGUUUACGGCGUGCUCCUGUGUUUGUCCGCGGCGCUCGGGUGCAGUCCCAAACUCAUCCAGGCCCAGUCGUUCGUGCUGGUCUUGGCCGUGGCUCUACAACUCGUGCUGUCGACGGCCAUGUAUCUUGUCAAGACUGAUAUCGCUGCGCUGGCCAGCAGCGACUUCACUGCUGCCACAUGGGACGAGACGAUUGUCGAGAUGGGACUGUCCCAUGUCUUCCAGAAAGUUGAACAUGCAGCAGCAAUGAAUGCUUCGUCCACGUCGUCCCUCAACAUACUGCUUCAUGAUUUCAUGGACCAGGAGUGCCAUGCUUUUACCACCGCACCGACCACAGUCGCCCCAGAGACGAUAGUUCCAACGACACCCCUCGUUCCUGCCACACCACCGCUCUCCACCAAAAAUUCCACCAGCUCGACCGCCAUCGUCAUGGCAGCCACGAUCCGUCCGUUGACCUUGCCGUGUCGCAUCCACCUGGCGUCCAAAAUCGCGGCAUUUGUCGGGUGGAUCGUCAAUGCGGCCGGCGUCGUCGUCACGAUCCAGUGUAUCCUACUGGCGCGAAAUCUCUGGACAAUCGUGCUGCUCCCCCGAAUUCACAAGCUCGCGGGGGCGCGACGCAGGCCCAAACGCAAUGGAGGUCCCCCCACUGUCCCUUACACCGAUGACGAUGGCGCCCCCACGACAAAAGAGACGACCAUUCCCUUCCAUGUCGCCUUGGACAAGUACUGGGAGUCAUAUCCCCGUGGAUCUGCCAACGACGCAACACUCGCCCAUGCCCGCCAGCAAUUCACCCUCGAAUGGCUCAAAGUUACAGGCGCGUCGUCUGUGCAUGAAAAGGAUGCGCUGCUCACUAUGAGCCAAUUCGAGUCGAUCGUUCGAGUUCUUGUGCUCAAGCGACUUGUCGACAAAUGCGGCCUCGAGGUCGGCGUCAACAUCUCCCGCGACGGGAAACACCUUUACUUUAAGUUGACUGCGCCACGCAAAGUUGUGGCCGAGGAAGCCGAAGCACGCAAGUAUAAACUGCAAGUCCGCAAUGCUGUGGACCCAGGACUAUCGUUUUGGACUGCGCGACAAGUUGCCAUCGAGAACGCUGUAUACGACGUGCACACGGCCAAGCAAAAGCUGUGUGCGUUGUACGGAAGACAUGCCUUGACCGUCGUCGAGAACCAAUUUUUCCCCAACGAGUCGUUGGCGCAAAUCUCGCGCCGCAUCAACGUUCACUCGCGAGAAGCCAUGUUCGCCGACGACGCCGCGGCCAAAUCCAAGAAAAUGCCGCCACCGUACCGAUACACACCGUUUGUUCCGUACUUUCGGAAGAAUGCGAUGCAAUAUCUCUACCAGCGCCACUCGACUCAGCUGGACCUCCCAACCACGGACGUCGCGCCAUCGGUGUUUCAGGUCACGGACUGCAUGAAGCUCCUGCAUCUCGUCAUCCACGACGAGCUUGAUACUGCACGUAUGAUCUCGAAUGGCCUGUUGGAAGGCUACUCGUGCCUGCACGCAGCAUCGCGCUUCGAAUGGACAAACUUGCUGUCGCUGUCCAACGCAUGGUUGACGUACUGGCGGCCGCGGCAACUCCACGGCGAACCCGACCCGGACAAACGCUACUUUGUGAACUUCCUCUAUCGCAUUUACCCGUUUCGCCAGCCGCUGGCGGAGGUCCGCGCGUACUUCGGCGAGCAAAUUGCGUUGUAUUUUCUCUGGCUCGGGUUCUAUGCCCAAUGCCUGUUGAUCCCUGUUGCUUGCUCGGUGCUGUACGUCGUCCUGCGCCACGGCAACUACCACAGCUAUGACGUGGACCCGGCAAUGGGCGGUGUGCACUUGCGCGACAUGGGACUCGGACUAGUCAUUCUCGUCUGGGCAUUCGUGUACGCCAAAUGCUGGCAGCGCAAGAACUACAUGUGCGCGAUUGCGUGGGGCAUGAAUGGAAUCGAAGACAACGAGCACGAUCGCGCCGACUAUUAUGGCACAGAACAAGUGAACCCGAUCACGAACGAAGUCGAGCGAGUCUUUCCAUCGUACAUGAGGGUGCAACUGCAAGCAACAUCCGCCGCUGUCAUCGGAGCCAUCGUCACGUGCUUCUACACGGUAGUUGUGUCGCUGUUCUCGCUCCAGCCUGCGCUGGUCGAAGCAGCAGGGCCACUCGGGGGUGCAACCCUCACGUCGGCGCUUCAAGUCGUUUUCAUUCAAAUCAAUGCCUUGUACACGUCCAAGAUUGCCCAUUGGCUUAACGAUCGGGAAAACUAUCGAACGCAGUCCGAGUACGAGCAUUACUUGAUCAUGAAGAUGUUUGGCCUUCAAAGCUUGAAUCACUUUUCCGCGCCAUUCGUUGUGGCGUUUGUGAAACGAACAGCUAUGGGGUGUGUGAACCUCCACACGCCGCCGUCGUCGUCGUCGAUUUCCGCCAUUUCCCACGGCACGAACUGCCUCCCAGAACUCGAAAACCUGCUUUUCGUCAUGUUCGUUUGGCGCGUCAUGUCCAACGUGCUCGGUAUGGUCAUGCCGAUAGCGCAACUGGUCCUUGGCAGCAGGCGUACCAAGCCGACCGAUCGAUAUGACUUGGAGUACGAGCUGUCCCUCGACACGUACGAAAACACGUACGAGGACUACUCGGAGAUCGUGGUCCAGUUCGGGUUGUUCACCCUGUUUAUCUUCCCGCUGCCGACAAGCCCCAUCUUUGCCUUUGUCGAGACCGCCAUCAACUUGCGCAUGGACGCAUACAAGUUGUGCUACUGCACGCGCCGGCCGCUGCCGCGCAACGCCCAAGACAUUGGUGCGUGGUUCAUCUACCUUGGCCUUCUUUCGCGCUCGUGCGUGGCAAUGAACCUCGGCGUUCUUUUCCUCACCGCGUCGAAUUUUGAACACUACUCGAGCCAAGACCGGUGGACGUUUUACAUGCUCAGCGUCGCUGUCGCGCUCGUGGCCUACGAAGUGCUCUGGUUUGUCGUUCCCAACCGUCCAGAGAACGCCGCCACCAUUCUUGAACGCCACGAGUUUCUGAAACAAAAAUACCUUUUUGCGUACGAGAAUUCAGCGGCUGGAGCUGCUGGCGGAGGCAUCGGCGCCUUCGCGCACCAUGAACCGUCCUGCCAAGAAAUGCUGGACACCCUCGAAUCAUACAGCGCCGACGCUCUGACGACGCUCAAUACCCGUGUGGAGCUCCUCUCUCGAUUCAACACGCUGUUUGCGCCGAAGCAAUCCGUCACCGACGACGACUCGGCCCCGCCACACGCGAUUGAACUCACCAAUGCGGGUUGUGCCCCCACUGCGCUCACUGGAAUCGACGCCAUACGUGAGGCCGUGCGGCGCAGCACCGGCCUCUUUGACGACGAAGACACUAUGUCUGAAUGGUACUUUGCCCCACAGCAGUUGCCGCCAACAUCACCGUCGACAAGCAAUCACCACGACAUCCACACACACCAAAGCACACACGAGGCCACAUGCGCGUUUGUAGAAGAUGCGGAAGUCGAGGAAUACAUCCUUCGAGAGGAUGACGAGGACUUCGCAGAUGUGCUCUAACACGGACGACUCUUUAGGCGUUGUGUGCUUGGGUGAUUU